UUUACCGGUCUCUUUGACCUUUACUUUUAAUGCUUUGUUGAUUUAUGAGUGCCAUGACUUGUUAAAAUCCAUAUACUAGGUUAAUAAUUACACCAGGCGGUACAUGUUGAUGCUGGACAAAGAUGAUCUCAGUCUAUCUUGCAAUCAUGAGACUCGUCGGCUGUUUUCUUUCCCUGCUCAUUGUAUUCUGCCCUGCAGAAUGUGGGAAUGUUUUAGUAUGGUAUACGGAGGGCAGUCACUGGAUCAAUCUUAAGAUUGUGUUGGAAACGUUGAUUGACAGAGGACACAAUGUAACAGUGCUGAUGCCAGAUGCUGCUCUCUUCAUGAAAGCCAAAGAAUCGGAUCGCUUCUCCUUCCAGCACUUCAAUGUGUCCACAUCUGCACAGGACAUGCAAGACUUCCUUGAUGAACUUCUUCACUUCUCAGUGUAUGAGAUGGAUCAUUUAAACCUACUGCAGAUUCAAAUGAAAUUCUACAAUCUUGCUUCCAAACAUCAGGAUAUGUCUAUAUCACAAUGUAACGGCAUUCUGAAAUCACCAGAGUUGAUGGACAAAUUACGAGAAGGAAAGUUUGAUGUUGUUCUGUCAGAUCCGAUCUACGCGUGCAGUGAUAUUGCGGCUGAAGUGCUGAACGUUCCCUUGGUUUUCACGUUCCGGUUCUCCUUAGCUCAUACUGUAGAGCGAAUAUGUGGUCAGUUACCAGCUCCACCAUCUUUUGUUCCUGGAGCCAUGAGUAAACUCACGGACAAGAUGAGCUUUACAGAACGAAUCAUCAAUAUGCUCUUCUACAUUUCUCAAGAUUUUUUUGCCACCAUUGUUUGGAAAACAUUUGACAACUAUUACACUGAAUAUUUUGAUGGCAGUCACUGGAUCAAUCUUAAGAUUGUGUUGGAAACGUUGAUUGACAGAGGACACAAUGUAACAGUGCUGAUGCCAGAUGCUGCUCUCUUCAUGAAAGCCAAAGAAUCGGAUCGCUUCUCCUUCCAGCACUUCAAUGUGUCCACAUCUGCACAGGACAUGCAAGACUUCCUUGAUGAACUUCUUCACUUCUCAGUGUAUGAGAUGGAUCAUUUAAACCUACUGCAGAUUCAAAUGAAAUUCUACAAUCUUGCUUCCAAACAUCAGGAUAUGUCUAUAUCACAAUGUAACGGCAUUCUGAAAUCACCAGAGUUGAUGGACAAAUUACGAGAAGGAAAGUUUGAUGUUGUUCUGUCAGAUCCGAUCUACGCGUGCAGUGAUAUUGCGGCUGAAGUGCUGAACGUUCCCUUGGUUUUCACGUUCCGGUUCUCCUUAGCUCAUACUGUAGAGCGAAUAUGUGGUCAGUUACCAGCUCCACCAUCUUUUGUUCCUGGAGCCAUGAGUAAACUCACGGAUAAGAUGAGCUUUCCAGAACGAAUCAUCAAUAUGCUCUUCUACAUUUCUCAAGAUUUUUUUGCCUCUAUUGUUUGGAAAACAUUUGACAACUAUUACACUGAAUAUUUUGGACGGCCCACAUCCUAUUGUGAGAUGAUGGGUAAAGCUGAUAUCUGGUUAAUCAGAACCUACUGGGACUUUGAGUUUCCACGGCCAUUCCUGCCCAAUUUCAAAUACGUUGGAGGAAUUCACUGCACUCCUGCCAAACCAUUACCCAAGGACAUGGAGGAGUUUGUACAGAGCUCAGGGGAUGAUGGGAUUGUGGUCUUCAGUCUGGGGUCUAUGAUAGACAAAAUGCCUAAAGAAACAAGCAAUAUGAUCGCCUCCGCACUGGCACAGAUUCCACAGAAGGUUUUAUGGCGAUAUGGCGGAGAGCAGCCAGAUACUCUUGGUGCAAACACCAGAAUCUAUAAGUGGAUCCCUCAGAAUGAUUUAUUGGGUCACCCCAAAACCAGAGCAUUCAUCACUCAUGGAGGCACUAAUGGCAUAUAUGAGGCCAUUUAUCAUGGCGUUCCAAUGAUUGGGAUCCCCUUGUUUGGUGACCAAGCUGAUAAUUUGGCCCAUAUAAAGGCCAAAGGUGCUGCUGUUGUCAUGGAUAACAUCAAAACCACGCAGCCACAAGAACUGGUGGAUGGACUCAAUGCCGUCAUUAAUGAUCCCUCGUAUAAAGAGAAUGCUAUGCGUUUGUCCAGGAUUCAUCAUGACAGACCAGUGAAGCCUUUGGAUGAGGCUGUAUUCUGGAUUGAGUUUGUCAUGCGCAAUAAAGGUGCUAAACACCUGCGUGUCGAGGCCCACAACCUUACCUGGUUUCAGUACCACUGUCUGGAUGUGUUCGCUUUUCUCCUCACUGUCCUGAUUGUAGUCCUCUACGUCUUCUUUAAAAUGUGCAAAUUCUUUAUAAUGCGUUGCUGUUUUAGUUCAAAGAGGAAAACCAAAAAAGAGUAAUGAAAAUUUUGGAAAAUACUUGUUUUUUUUUUUUGCUAUGAAAAUUAUGUAUCUUACCAUGAGAUGUCCAUCCUAAGGUCCAGUAGCUGUCCUAUUAUUAACCCAACAUCUCUAUCGCUAACUUAAGCUAUCAUUAAGAUGUGCCUCAUCACCACCAGUGUUGGGGUAAUGCAUUACAAGUAGCGCAAGUUAUCUAAUCAGAUUACUUUUUUCAGGUAUCUAGUAAAGUAACGCAUUACUUUUUAAUUUACAAGAAAAUAUCUGUGCUGCUUUUUCAAAAAAGUAAGGCAAUUAACUUAACCAUACUAAUAAGAAAAAAAAUGACUUUAAAUAAACUAACAAUUGUG